UUGCCCGCCGACCACCAGACGUUGGGGUCGUGUCUUCGCGUGUCGUGUAGUCGUGAAUGUUGAGUGAGCAUCAGCAGCAGCAACAAGAGCAACAGCAGCAGCGUGUACUCUGAGAGUACAAGACCGCAGGUGUCACCAUGAUGGUGCACAGGACUGUCACUCUAGCAGUGCUUCUGCUUGUGUGUCUCCUCGCGCCUACCAACACUUUGGCACAGAAUGACGAGGACUUAACAUUUGACGAUGAUGGUGUGGUACGCUCCAGAUCCAGAAGUGAGGUGGCCCCGGUGGCUGCUCCCCUCCAGUACACCUCGACCUCCUCCAAUAGUAGGACACGCAGACAGUUCCCCAGUGUUUAUGCCUCUGAUGACGAGGAUGCCGAAGGAUCAGCCAUUGAAGGCUCUGGUCUGGAACCACGUGUCUAUCGUGCAAAGAUUAAAGUUUUAAAGCUCUGGAAUCAAGAAUACACCGAUAAAACAGGAGCAGCCUUUACGUCUUUGAAACGGGAUAUAAGAAGUGCUAUGGAGGUUGUACUGAGGAGUGUCCGAGGUACUACUGACAUCCAGGUGGUUGAUAUGAAGAAAACUGCAUCAAAUAACAUUCUAGUGACAGUAGACAUCACAAAUGAAUGGGAUAGUAACCAAAGGGCACUGAUUGAAAAGUUAGUGAAGGACACUGUAGCAUCUGCUGUCCUUGGUGCCAUCCCAGUUAGCAGUCAGGAAUUUGUCUUCACUGAACCUACAGCUGCUCCAGUUGCUCGUGACUGUGGGCCUGGACAAUGGAAGUGCCCUUCUGGUCGCUGUGUUGCUCACUGUGAUGGUGUUAAUGAAUGUCUUGAUGCAUCUGAUGAAUAUAAUUGUCCACGCCCCAUCCCAAGACAAUCACCUGACCAGGAUGGUUGCCGUGGCGAUGACCAGUUUACUUGUGAGGAUAACUCUGUCAUUUGUGAAGUACAACGCUGUGAUGGUAAACAAGACUGUCCAAAUGGAGAUGAUGAAGAAGGCUGUGAUUGCAAUGCCGAGGAGUUUUUGUGUGACGUCACCCGGUGUGUAUCCAAUAGCAAGAAGUGUGAUGGGAACCAAGACUGUCAGGAUGGAGCAGAUGAGAUGGGAUGUGAUACAACACGUCCCACAGCACGUCCCACAGCACGUCCCACAGCACGUCCCACAGCACGUCCCACAGCACCUCCCACAGCACCUCCCACAGCACCUCCCACAGCACCUCCCACAGUGCCUCCCACAACACCUUCCACAGCACAUCCCAUAUGUGGUUCUGACCAGCAAGGCCCCAACAUAUGUCGUGAUGCAAAAACUUAUGCAUGCUUCUGUGAUGGGGUGCGAGAGUGCCCAGAAGGAGAGGAUGAAGAUCAUUUAAAGUGCGAUACCACCGGUUGUGAAGCUUCAGAAAUAGUGUGUGAUGGUGGAACACGGUGUAUCUCACAAUUGCAAGUUUGUAACGGUGUGUGGGACUGUAGCGAUCAGUCGGAUGAACAUAACUGUCCUCCUCCACCAGCUCCCUGCCGCACUGAUCAGUUUAGAUGUGACAAUGGUCAGUGUAUCGACAAUUUUCGCCGCUGUGACACGGCUAUAGACUGUCCUUUUGGUGAAGAUGAAGCAGACUGUCCAUGUCAAUCACCCAAGUUCCAGUGUAAUAGUGGCAUGUGUAUUGAGCCAGAGAAACGCUGUAAUGGAGUCGAGGACUGUGAUGAUGGAACUGAUGAAACUGUCAAUUGCCCUUGUUUUGAUAAAUUCACCUGUGUGGAUGGUCAGUGCAUUAACAUGGACUUGAAAUGUGAUGGAACACCUGAUUGUAAUGAUCUCUCAGAUGAGAAAAACUGCCCAGCGUGUAAAGAGGGCGCGUUCUUCUGUCGGAACUUACAAUGCAUCCCUGAGGACAGUGUGUGUGAUGGUACACAAGACUGUGACACAGACGAGUUGGAUUGUUGUGAAGGGUCAGGCAUGUUCCAAUGUGACAAUGAUGACACUUGCCUAACUGACGAGAAAAUCUGUGAUGGUGUUAGGGACUGUAAUGAUGGGUUUGAUGAAAUUCAGUGUCAAUGUCAACCAGGGCAGUUUACGUGUGAUGAUCGAACCUGUAUUGAUAUCAGUCUCCGUUGUGAUGGACUCGUCCAGUGCAGGGAUCAGUCUGAUGAAAAAGACUGUCGGUGUGAAAACGAGGAAUGGACUUGUUCAGAUGGAACAUGUAUACCAAACGAGCAACAGUGUGACGGAGUUCGACAGUGUCGUGAUGGCUCUGAUGAAGAUAACUGUCUCCGAGAAUGUGGACAAGAAGAAUGGACUUGUGAAGACCAGUCAUGUGUGUCACAGCAGGCACGGUGUGAUGGACACCAUGACUGUCCUGACAAUUCAGACGAAUACAGAUGUCCUCCUAAACCAUGUCGUUCGGACCAAUGGACAUGCUUAGAUGGAUCUUGUGUGCCUAUAACAGCUCAUUGUAAUAGUAUUCCUGAUUGUCUUGACAAGUCUGAUGAAAGCAACUGCCCAGUAGUUUGUGACUUUGAUGAGUGGAGGUGUAGAGAAGGAUUGUGUAUACCUCAGCAAGAAAGGUGUGAUGGUCGGAAUGAUUGUCCUGAUUAUUCUGAUGAAGAAGGAUGUCCACGAGCCUGCAUGUCUGGUGAGUGGAGGUGCAGAGAUGGAACCUGUGUGCCACAGCAAGCAAGAUGUAAUUAUCAAUAUGAAUGUCCUGAUUAUUCAGAUGAAGAGCAAUGUCAACAAGCUUGUAGGCCAGGGGAAUGGACUUGUUUAGAUGGGACGUGUCUCCCAUAUCAAGUUCGCUGUGAUGGAUAUCCUCAGUGUUAUGACUACUCUGAUGAAGAGAACUGUCCAGUAUCAUGUACGUCUGGAGAAUGGACUUGUAAAGAUGGUUCGUGUAUACCGAAAGAAAUGCUUUGUGAUGGCCGCCUUGACUGUCCAGACAACUCAGAUGAAGACAGCUGCCCUAUAACCUGUGAUCGUACGCAGUGGACAUGUAGAGAUGGUUCUUGUAUUCCCCGAGAAAAACUUUGCGAUGGACGCUAUGAUUGUCCUGACUACACUGAUGAGUACACGUGCGAAGUUGCUUGUGCCUCUGGUGAGUGGACUUGUGGCGAUGGAACGUGUGUUAAAGAACAGGCACGAUGUAAUGGUGCCUAUGAGUGUCCUGACUAUACAGAUGAAGAGGCAUGUCCAGAGUGGACAUGUACAGAUGGGUCAAGUAUUCCUCAACAAGCUCACUGUGAUGGCCGUUAUGACUGUCGUGAUUACUCCGAUGAGGAAAAUUGCCCUCCAGAAUGUCGGCCAGGGGAAUGGCAGUGCAAGAACAAGUAUUGCAUACAAGAAUCUCAGCGGUGUGACAGAGUAAUCCAGUGCUCUGACUACUCAGAUGAAGAAAAUUGCCCAGCAUGUGAUCCAUUAACGGAAUGGCAGUGUGACUACGGUCAGUGUAUUGACCGUAGGCUGCGCUGUGAUGGCAAACAAGAUUGUCUAACUGAUAGCUCUGAUGAACGAAUGUGUUCAAUAGUAUGCAGCUCUGACCAAUUCCGAUGUGAUGAUGGACAAUGUGUGGAUCUCCGUCUACGCUGCAAUGGAGUAGAGGAAUGUUCCCGAGGAGAAGAUGAACGUGGCUGUCGUUCUUACGAGUUCGAGUGUGAGAGUGGGCAGUACAUUGACCAACAGUACAGAUGCAACGGUAUUGUUGAAUGCCCAUUUGAUCAGUCAGAUGAAGAGGGAUGCAAAUGUAGGCCUGAUGAGUUCCGAUGUGUUGUUGAUGGGUCUUGUAUUAAUCAACAAAAAAGAUGUGACCAUCAAAUUGACUGCAGUGAUAAUUCUGAUGAGCAAGGUUGCCCUUGCUUGCCAGAUGAGUGGAGGUGUUUAGAUGGUCAGUGCAUUUUAAGUAGCUAUCAUUGUGAUGGACGAUCAGACUGCUUUGACUAUUCGGAUGAGGUUAACUGCAUGCCAACUCCACAAACCCCAGUGUCUUCCUGCCUUAGUAACCAGUUUGAAUGUAGGAAUGGAAAAUGUAUUCCUCGAACUUAUCUUUGUGAUGGAGUCCCUGACUGUGAAGAUGGAUAUGAUGAGUCAGAUAGUCAAUGUGCCUCAUCCCCCACCCAGUGUUCAAGCAACCAGUUCGCAUGCAACAAUGGGGAAUGUGUUGAUAUUGUCCAAAGGUGUGAUAGCAAAUUUGAUUGCGUUGACAAUUCUGAUGAGAUUGGAUGUCCUGCAGGCUCAGCUGGUGGUACGUGUACAGAGAAUGAAUUCAGGUGCUUAGAUGGUGCUUGCAUAGAAAAGACAUGGCAGUGUGACAGUGUUCCUGACUGUGGUGAUGCCUCCGACGAAACUAAUUGUAGUUGUAGAGCCAACGAGUUCCGAUGUGGUAAUGGCUUGUGCAUCCCAGAAUCCCAAAGAUGUGAUGGAAAAUAUGACUGUAGAGAUGGCUCUGAUGAACGCCUUCUUUGUGAUUGUAGACAGGAUGAAUUCCAGUGUGGUAAUGGUGCUUGUAUUCCAAGUAGUCAGCGUUGUAAUGGUUAUGCAGAAUGUGAUGAUAAUUCUGAUGAACAAAAUUGCAACUGCGGAAGUGUUCAGUGGCAGUGUGAAACCGGAGAGUGUAUUUUCCGCACCGAAGUAUGUAAUGGUGUGCGGGAGUGCUCUGAUGGUUCUGAUGAGAGAGACUGCCCAGAUUCCUCCAAGCCUUGCUACGAUGGUCAGUUCCGGUGCAGCACCGGUGAAUGUAUUGAUCACUCUCGUCUUUGUGAUGGCUACGAUGACUGUGAAGAAGGUCAAGAUGAGGAUUUUUGUCCCUCCAUCAGCACCUCCAGUACUACCUCCACCUUGAUAUAUAUCCCCGAGACCUCAGCUCGAUGUACUUCAAAUGAGUUCCUCUGCUUAUCUGGAGAAUGUAUUUCAUCAAGAGCUGUGUGUGAUCGACGAAGAGACUGCUUCGAUGGUUCCGAUGAAAGUGUUGAAAAUUGUGGGGAUUCGAUGGUCCAAAAUUGUUCAUCUUUUGAGUUCACAUGCACUGAUGGUUCAUGUUAUACUGUGAACCAGCGUUGUGAUGGGGUAGAAGACUGCGCUGAUGGAUCUGAUGAAAAUUGUCCUCGCAAUACAAGUUGUCAGUUAUAUGAGUUUCAAUGUUUGGAUGGGCAGUGCAUAUCACUAAAUGCCAAAUGUGAUGGUGUAGCAGAUUGUCGUGAAGGUUCUGAUGAGACUGACUGCCCAAUGGACGCUACAUUAACUAAUGCUUUCCAGUGUUACAAUGGUCAGUACAUUGAUAAUUCUCGCCGUUGUGAUGGCAGGAGUGACUGUAGUGAUGGUAGUGAUGAGGAUCGAUGUGAAACAGACUCUCUGAGCCUGAAAACAUACCCUGAUGACCAGAGCAUCCAGCAGAGUCGUGAAGUGGUGUUCCAGUGUCGUGACGAAGGCACAAUAAGAGCCCCUGUAGUAUGGGUAAGAGAUGGAAACCGUCCAUUGCCUCCGGGAACUACUGAUAUUCGUGGUCGCCUAACUAUGCCUAAUAUACAAGUAGAACACUCUGGUACAUACUUCUGUGAAGCACAAGGUGUGUCAUUAACAACUCCAGGAAGAAGGAAAUCUGUAUAUCUCCAGGUUACUCCAUAUGUUGUGCCAACCCCGAUACCACAACCACCAGCCUGCGGCUUCAGCAAGGCAACAUGCAUGAAUGGUCAGUGCAUUGAUAAAGAUAAAGUGUGUGAUGGAAACUUCGAUUGUAGUGAUGCUUCAGAUGAAAUGCGAUGCAAUCCUUUGGGUUGCGAACCAAAUGAAUUCCAGUGCGACAACAAACGUUGUGUGCUCAAAACCUGGCUCUGUGAUUCUGAUGAUGACUGUGGGGAUGGCUCUGAUGAAAGAGACUGUGUUACAAAUCCACCUGGAUCAUUUUGUAGAUACAAUGAAUUUACAUGUCAUCAUGGCAAUCAGUGCAUCCCUAAAUCUUUCCAUUGUGAUGGAGAUGUGGAUUGUCAAGAUGGGACUGAUGAACUGGGAUGCAGCAGACCCAUAAUUAUUGAGCCACCUCCUCGCAACAAGCUGGUACAAGUUUCUGAGACUUUCACAUUAACUUGUCUGGCAAUUGGCGUUCCAAUGCCAACUGUAAUUUGGCGCCUUAACUGGGGACAUGUUCCAAACAAAUGUGAAAUGACAAGUGUGGAAGGCAGAGGUACACUAGUGUGUCCAAGAGCUCAACCUACUGACCAGGGCGCUUACUCUUGUGAAGCUAUCAACAGUCGUGGAUCAGUAUUUGCUCAGCCAGAUUCUAUUGUACAAGUAAAAGGUGGAUCACCUGUAUGUCAGCCACCACAGUUUAAUGAAGGAGCUGUCACUCCUCAGGACUGUCUUACAUGUUUCUGCUUUGGUGCCACAGAUCAGUGUUACUCCACUGACCGAUAUAUCACACAGCUGCCACCUCCUGCUAGCGAAUCUUUUUCACUGGUAGGUGUUAAUCAGGACCAGUUCCAAGGAAACUAUGUCAUUCGUGCCAGCCAGUAUCCUCUCUCAUCACGCUACCUCAUACCUCAGUCGGCAAAUGUGGUUCAACUUACUGUGGAUCGCACAAAACUUGGUGGUCCUAGUGACCUUCUAGUAUACUACUCUCUACCUGAUAGCCAUAAAGGCCAACAGCUCUCCGCUUAUGGUGGUUAUCUCCGUUACAAAAUUAAAUACUCAAGUAUUGGUGCUGGACAGGCCAUCAGUGGACCAGAUGUGAUUAUAAUGGGAAAAAACAUAACACUUAUGCAUGUCCAUGAUGGCACAUUCCAUCCCACAGAGAACCAAGUUGAUGUCAAGUUCCAGACUGGUCAAUGGUUUAAAAGAGUUGUUGGUCGAGGUCAAGCAAUAAAAACUCAAGAACUGGCCAACAGGGAGGAAAUCAUGAUGGUUUUGGAAAAGGAGCUUCUUUUGAUAAGGGCUCUAUACAACGAUGGACUAUUUGUGAAUGUCACUCUCUCUGAUGUGCAACUAGACACUACUGUAAUAUCUAGUAGUAAUCAAGGACGAGCAGUCUUGGUAGAAGAGUGUCGCUGCCCACAAGGCUACUUGGGACUUUCAUGUCAAGAUUGUGCACCAAACUACCGUAGGGUACAACAAGGGCCUUGGCUAGGUCGUUGUGUACCAGAUCUUGAGUGUAGUGCUAUGGAGUAUGGUGAUCCUGCAAAUGGUAUUCCUUGUCUGCCAUGCUCUUGCCCUCUGACAUCUCCUAAUAAUCAGUUUGGCACCUCUUGCUACUUGGCUAAUGAUGGUCUGGUAACAUGCAGUUGCAGACAGGGAUAUCAAGGACGUCGUUGUGAAUUGUGUGCCAGUGGUUAUGAAGGCAACCCUACCAUACCCGGUGGCAGUUGUAGGCCAGCUGGUGAAUGUGACCCUGCUGGCAGCCACUUCAUACGAGCAGACCCUAAUACUGGACUGUGUCAUUGCAAGGAAUUUGUUACUGGGCCAAAAUGUGACCAAUGUAAGCCAGACUCUUUCUACCUCAAUGAGAACAAUCGUGAUGGAUGUAUUGAAUGUUUCUGCAUGGGCAUCACUCGGCAGUGUACCUCAUCCAACUGGUACAGACAACAGGAAUCUGUAUCCUUUACUAAUGACCGUCAAGGAUUUGAACUGGUGGACAAGUUCCAGCAAACGGUUAUCAGUAAUGAUAUAUUUGUUGACUCUGGUCGUCAAGAACUGGUGUUCCGCGAGUUCUCCCGAGUUGAUCAAGAGGUCUAUUACUGGAAAUUGCCACAGCGGUUCCUUGGAAACAAGAUAUCCUCCUAUGGUGGUAACUUAACAUAUAGUUUGCGUUAUGUACCAGCACCUGGAGGUCAAAGCUCAGCAAAUACUGCCUGUGCAGUGGAAAUCUAUGGUAAUGAUAUCACCUUGAAGCACUACAGCAAAAGCCAGUUAAGUGCUACUCGUCAAGAAACUGUUAGUGUCCCACUCUAUGAACAAUACUGGGAACGACAGGAUGGUCAAGAAGCUAACCGUGAACAUUUCUUAAUGGCUUUAGCUGAUCUAGAGUAUAUUCUCAUCAAAGCUACAUAUACUACAAAUUCCAGAGAAGUAGGAAUUAAGGAGGUAAUUUUAGAUUAUGCUGAGCCUCGAAACACUGGUCAGGUACGCGCUUUAGCUGUCGAAAUGUGUGAGUGUCCGCAAGGCUAUCAAGGACUUUCAUGUGAAGAUUGUGACAUUGGUUACACCCGGAGUUUGUCAGGUCUUCACUUGGGUACUUGCAGACCGUGUGGCUGCAAUGGACAUUCUGAAGAGUGUGACCCAGAAAAUGGAAUGUGUACAAACUGUAGAGACAACACUGCUGGAUUUUCCUGUGAAGAGUGUUUGCCAGGUUUCUAUAAAGCAGAUGGCCGUUGUUAUCGUCAAGAUGGUGGGGAGCCUGACUGUAACUGUGAUAUGCGAGGUUCUGUCUCAUGUGAAAAUGGUAUCUGUCGGUGCAAGGAUACUGUACAUGGGGAAAGCUGUGAUACCUGUCGACCUGGGUUCUUCCACCUCUCUAGUGCAAACCAGUAUGGAUGCCUGCAGUGUUGGUGCAGUGAUGUCAGCUCCAACUGUUUCUCAUCAAAUUAUUAUCGAACACAAUUGCCCAUGCAACUUCUUACUGAUCAUGGCUUUACAUUUUCCAACCGGUUGCAGACAAACGUUAUCAGAGAUAGAUUUAGCAUCAAUGUUGCAAAUAACGAAAUAUCUUUUGCUGAUUUUGCCAACCUUCGUGACAGUGAAACGUAUUAUUGGUCCCUGCCGCAAAUGUUUACAGGAAACCGCCUUCCUUCUUAUGGAGGUAAUUUGACAAUAACUCAGCGAUAUCAGGCACAUCCAGCUGGCAAUACCUAUGCUGAUCCUGAUAUAAUAAUUAGAAGUUCAGGUGGCCGUGAAUUUAUUUGGAUGAUGUCACGACCUCUUCAACAGAACAUCGAACAAACAUACAGUGUUGUUCUUACUGAAGACAGCUUCACUAUGAAUCAACAGCCUGCAUCCAGGUCAGAAUUUCUGAAUGCUCUGUCAUUUGUGGAUGCCAUCCUUAUCCGGGCCACCCUAAGUGAUAGAAUGAGUGCCACUUUCUUACGAGAUGUCAUUAUGGAUACUGCAAUGCCUUCUCAGACUGGUCAGCCUCGGGCACUAGAAGUUGAACAGUGUCAGUGCCCAAGUGAAUACAGUGGAUUAUCCUGUCAGCAAUGUAGACGUGGCUAUUACCGAGAUUCUGCAACAAAACGGUGUCUUCUGUGCCCUUGUAAUGGACAUGAAGACUCGUGUGUCCAACUUGCAAGUGGCAAUGUUAGGUGUGACUGCUUGCAAGGAUAUUAUGGACCCUUCUGUAGGGAAUCAGGUCUGAUGCUCGAGCUUAGGCCCAUCAAGGUACUCUUCAACCGAAAUGCUCGUGAAGUUUAUGAAAACUUCACAUGCUCAUAUCACUCAUCAGAGCCACUUCGAAUCACUUUUACACGUGAACCAACUUUGGUUGAGGAUGGUACUCCUGUAGCUCUCAUGGACACCCAGGCUCCACAUAGUACUGAGGAGUAUACCAAUGGGGCAAAGCACUUCUCAGUUCUUCGCCUCCUCAAUGGCCAUAGGACUGUCACUUGCCAUGUUUAUGAUGCAGAUAACAUGGAAGUGGCCCAGAUGGUCUCACAAAUUAUGUAUGUUGGUCAUAUCCGGAGAUCACAGCCACCAACAGUAGGAAGUAGUGAGCCGACCAUCAGUGUGACCAUCUCCGAGCCCAGGCUCCAGAUUGCUGCCCUGGGUUCAACUGUGCAGUUCCACUGUUCAGCGCGAUCUCUCACAGGACAGCAGAAUCGUGUGUCUGUCACUUGGAGUAAGGCUGGUGGUGAGUUGCCAUAUGGAAGAGCAUCAGACAACAGACAAGGCCUUCUUAUCAUCACUCAGGUUCGCCCAUUAGACAGCGGCUCAUAUAUCUGUGCAGCAACAGAUGGUUUUGGUCAGGUCGUCACACAGAAUGUUACUCUCAUUGUUGAAGGUGGACCUCCUCGCGUUACCUUGGAAGAGCGUCGUGAAGUGCUUGAAGUAAUAAUUGGAGAAACAUUGGAAGUUCGCUGUUCUGCUGAGGGAAGCCCACAACCUCAGAUUACCUGGACACGUGGCCAAAACAGAGAGCUUCCUGCCAGUGUGUUCCAACAGAAUGGAGUGCUUUCAUUCCGAAGUGCUCAUUCAUCCGACUCAGGUGAAUAUUAUUGCACGGCAAGAAAUUCCCAAGGAAUGGAUUAUGCUCGAAUUAUCAUUAAUGUACGACCUCCUGAUGCAACUAGACCUUCAGCCCCUGAUGAACCACUGAUAAUUGUACAGGUAUCAAGUCCAGCAGUACAAGCUCGAUCAGGGGAAACCGUUCGUGUAAGAUGCUAUCCUGGUAGUCCAGGGGAAGGUUUAAGAAUAGAAUGGAAUCGAUUAACUGGACCUCUUCCUUCACAAACAGUAAUUGAAGAUGGGGAGCUACAAAUUCCCAAUGCUCGUCCAGCAGAUAGUGGAAUUUAUGUAUGCCGUAUUACAGAUGAAAGAACUAACAGUUUUGAAGAGUCAACCACCCAUAUCACCAUUACUCCAUUUGUCAAUUUGCCAAUGGUACAGAUUCAACCAGAUCGACAAACUAUUAACCAGGGCACCAAUGCAGAGCUUCGUUGUAUUGUGUCUGGUGAUCCAGCUCCAGUUAUUACAUGGUCUAAGGUAAAUGAGGAGUUUGGUGCUGGAGUGAUCGUAGAAGGAAGUAUCCUUAGAAUAAACAAUGCUGUCAUAAAUGAUCGUGGCAUGUAUGUAUGCACCGCCCAGAAUGAUGGGGGCACUGCUCAGGCUGCAGCAAUCAUUGAAGUUGAACGUCGUGAACCCCCUGUAAUUGAAGUGUACCCUGAAGUGAAGCAAACAAUUGUUGUUGGUGCAAGUGCCCUCUUCCAGUGCCACUUGACGGCUGGUAUUCCCAACCCAAGUGUUUAUUGGACACGAACUGAUGGUCGACCCUUGACAUCCAGCACAGAAACCUUAGAUGGAGGUGUUCUCAGAUUCAACCAAGUCCAAGGUGAUGAAGAAGGCUCAUAUACUUGCACAGCAGAGAAUGAUGCUGGCACUGUGAGAGCAAUAGCAAUACUGGAAAUACAGUCAUUACCAGUAAUAACCAUUCACCCUGGACCAUCACCCUACAUGGUGCGCAUUGGAGAGAGAGUGCGUUUAGAAUGUUCUGCUCAAGGUGAUCCUGCUCCAUCAGUUACCUGGCAAAAACUCCAGGUCAAUUUUCCAUCCGUUAUACCCAGUCGAUCAACAAGUCCCAGUGUUGCUGUAUACGAAAUUGCUAGCGUGACAAGAGCAGAUGAGGGCACUUACCAAUGUACUGCAAGGAAUUCUGCAGGUGUUAGUGAAGAGAGAAUCCAGUUGAAUAUUGAAGAUGUUCUGCCUGGUAAUUCUGUACCAGGAAUUCCAGCUCCAUCACCUGCCAGACCACACGACUCCUCUACAGUCAUUGUUCCUGUUGGAGGAUCAUAUGAAUUUACAUGCUCAGGACAUGGUCCAGAUGCAGACAGUAUCAUAUAUACUUUCCAGCGUAGUGAUGAUCGGCCAUUGCCAGCAGGUGCCUACACACAGAAUGGUGUUCUGUAUUUGACUAAUGUUGAUGAAUCUGCAUCAGGAGAAUAUGCAUGUGUGGGUGCUGAUCCCAUCACUGGCACUAUUCUCUUUACUGUCUACUCUGUAUUUGAAGUUCUUGCACCUCCAAGGAUCACUCUAGACCCAGCACGACAAGUGGUCCGACCAGGUGAAAUUGUUCGCAUUCGGUGCUCAGCUACUGGUCCCUCACCUAUUACCAUAAACUGGUCCAAAGAGUCAGGCAGAAUGCCUCCUUCUGUAAUUAUCAGUGAUGGUGAAAUGAUGUUCCGUGGAAUUGAGACUUCUGAUGCAGGACGGUACAUAUGUACAGCUAUCAACAGUGCUGGCACAACAAGAGCUGUUGCUGAAGUGAUUGUCAAUGCAACCAAGCCUGAUAACAAGCCUGAAGUAUUCCCACUAAAUCCUAUUGAAAGACAUAGCAAAAAUUUUGGUGGUAUCGGUGUCACCGAAGAUUUAUUUUUUGAUAAUGUUGGGGAUGAUGAUAGCGAUUCAUCUUCAACACCUGACGAGGGCUACUUCCUAAGUGUGGGAGAGGAAGGCAUGUGCAAAUUCGUAUGCCAAGAUCAGACUAUUUGUCUUACCUCCUUUCAAAUGUGUGAUGGAAAAAGAGACUGUGCAGAUGGUUCAGAUGAACAUAACUGUCAGUCUGAUGACCUCAUGGCAACUUGCAUCGACUCUCCUUGUGGCAACAAAGUCUGCAUACCUACACACAAGAUAUGUGAUGGUAUACCUGACUGUAAUGAUGCUGCUGAUGAAGUAAAUUGUCAUGAUAAUAUAUUCGACGUAAGUAAGUGCUCUGACUUCUUCAAAUGUGGCGAUGGUUCCUGCUAUUCCUUCUACCUCAACUGUGAUGGCCAGUGUGACUGUAAUGACUGCAAAGAUGAGAAAAUUUGUUUCCGGCGUAGAAGACAUGUUAUUCAUGAAGAACCACUGUUGGCAGCAAUUCAGCAGGAUGUUGUAAUGUAUGUUGGUCAGACAGCAGAACUACGCUGUGAAACUUCAGGAAUUAACCCUAAUGAUGUUAGAUGGAGUCGUAUUGGUGGACGUCUCCCUCCUGGCGCUAUAGCACGUGGCAAUCUUCUCAGACUACCUUUCAUCCAGCCAGAAGACAGUGGUAGAUAUCAGUGUGAAGCUUUGACUGCCUCUGGAUACCCCAGAUCUGAUGUCAUCACGCUCACUGUGACAAGACUUCAGACUGUGGACAUCAGAAUCCGUCCUAGCCGUUCAAAUGUGCGCAUCAGUGAAGAUGUAGAGCUUGUAUGUGAAGUCAGUGGAGAACCAGCUGCUGCUGUAUCUUGGUCAAGAAGAAACUCAGGUCUUCCAUCCAAUGCAGAAACUCAAGGCAACGUCCUCAGACUUGUCAACGUGCAAUCUGAUAAUGGUGGUGUUUAUCGGUGUACAGUUACAACACCCAGCGGCGUUUUUGAAGAAAGCUAUGCACUAGUCAUUCAAGAUAUAAUAUCAACUGAAACUAUUCACAUUGGCCAUAAACCCCGUUCAGUGGAGACUAGAUCUGCAGCUUAUGGCUUAGGAGUAGUGAUGGAGUGUCGUGUGUCCCUCGCACCUCCAGUGUCAUACACAUGGAAUAAACAAGGAGGGAAAUUACCUGUAAAUUCAGCUGUUCAAGAUGCUGUCCUAGACAUCCCUGAGGUGCAUACAGAAGAUGCAGGUUUAUAUAUCUGCACGGGUAGUAAUGAGGAGAGAAGUGUAGACAUUCCAACACUUCUUCUUGUCACAGGAAUUGUUCCCAGGUUUGAAGGAUCAUCAUACUUGUUGCUGUCAACACUCCCAAGAGCUUAUCUCUCUUUUAACCUGGAAAUUUCAUUCAAGCCUGAAUCAGAGAAUGGAUUAAUUUUAUACAACAGUCAACGUGCUGGCCGUGAAGAUGGAGAUUUUGUGUCAUUUGGUAUGAGUGAAGGUUAUGCAGAGUUUCGCUUUGAUGUUGGGUCUGGGCCAGCAAUUAUACGCUCCAGGCAGCCAUUACAAAUUAACCAGUGGCAUACUGUAAAACUUUCCAGAGACAGAAAAGAGGGAACAAUGACAGUGGAUGAUGAUGCACCCAUAACUGGUCGUAGUGAAGGACGGUUCCUUGGUCUUGAUCUCCUUGAACCUUUGUACCUGGGUGGGGUUCCAGAUUUCACUAGAAUUCAUGAACAAGCUGGCUUUGCUUCAGGUUUCAGAGGCUGCAUAAGUCGCUUAGUGAUUGGUAGUACUGUUGCUAUAGACUUAAUGAGAGCUGCAGCAAAUAAGGUAGAAAUAUCAUCAUGUGAGACCUGUGCUGGUAAUCCAUGCCACAACAAUGGAGUCUGUCAGGAAGCUUACACUGAAGUGGGACACAAAUGCAUUUGUCCUGCUGGAUUCUCUGGUGGUCUCUGUGAAGACACUGGUGAAUCUUGUUAUGCAGGUGUGUGUGGCACUGGUCGUUGUGUAAACAAACCUGGAGGAUUUGAAUGUUACUGUCCAUUUGGCAAGGUUGGACAACGCUGUGAACAGGAUAUCACAAUCUAUGAGCCAGCCUUUGAAAAUGAAGCAUACAUUGCAUAUCCAACACCGAGAGCACUGAGGCGCUUCUCAGUCGAUUUGAACUUCAAGCCUGAGAAUUUACAUGAUGGCGUAUUAAUGUAUUGUGCGCAAAAAGAAAGUGGUGAAGGAGAUUUUGCAUCGUUAGCAAUCCGAAAUAAACGUCUGGAGUUCCGUUUCAACACUGGCAGCGGAACUGCCACAAUCCAGAGUGAUGCUCUUCAACAAGGCGAAUGGGUUGAGGUCCGUGCAAAUCGAACAGAUCGCUUUGGUUCCCUGAUGAUCAAUGAUGGUCCAGUAAUGAAUGGUGAAUCCCCAGGAGCACACCGUGGACUUAAUCUGGUAACCCCACUGUUUAUUGGAGGUGUGGACCGUUCUCGUAUCGCAGUAUCACCAGAAGUAGAAGUUACAAACGGAUUCACAGGAUGUGUUUCAAAGAUCAAGUUAAUGGACCAGGAAAUACGAAUGGCAGAAGCAUUUGUUGAUUCAGCAAAUGUUGGUCAGUGUGGAGGAUCAUCAUCUCCGUGUAGCCUAAACCCAUGUAGGAAUCGUGGAGAGUGUGUCGAUAAUUCUUCAACAUCUCGAGGAUUUAUAUGUAAAUGCCAGGAAGGCUAUAGUGGUCAAGACUGUGAAAUUGAACCUGGAGUGUGUAGCCUUGCUUAUCCAUGUCAAAAUGGAGGCUCCUGCAUCGGUUCUGGUGAUCAUUAUUCUUGCUAUUGUCCAUUGGGCUUUGCUGGACGUCACUGUGAACGCAUUGUUGACGUUGAAGGUUCAGCUUCCUUCUCGGGAGAUUCCUGGGUCGAGUUUAAUCAGUCAUUGCUGUCUCAAGAAGGUGGGGCAUCCCAGAAACUUUCUCUUGAUUUCACCACACACAAAUCUGAAGGUCUUCUGUUUUGGUAUGGUCAAGAAUCUAAUGUGUCUGGGCGAGGACAGGACUACAUAAGUGUUGCUAUUAAUAGAGGUUAUGUGGAGUUUAGCUACGAACUAGGAAAUGGGCCUGCUUUGGUCCGAUCAUCAGGGCGUGUAGACAAUGGAGAACGUCAUACUUUGAUAGUCAAACGAACAGAACGGGAAGGUUCAUUACAAUUAGACACAUCUUCACCUGUAUUUGGACAAAGCCCUGGUGUACUUCAUAUGCUCAAUGCAAAUGGAAAUAUAUACAUUGGAGGAGUACCAGAUUUUCCUCUAAUGACUGCAGGAGCUCAUACAAGGGGAUUUGAAGGAUGUAUCCAUAGGUUAAUUAUUGGCGAUGAAAAAGUUGUAAACUUUAAAAAUUUAGCUGUCUCAGGUGUCAAUGUCACUCCUUGUCCACG